CAGAUCCAGCAGUUUCCUGGUCGGACGGGCUCCAGAAUCCAGAGAUCUGCAGCGCUCUCACGCCCAUGCUUCAUGGAACGGAAAGGGGUAGUAAAGGAGUGGCGAGUCACCUUUUAAGGAGGAUGAAGCGGUUGCAACAGGCCUUGUUGUCGCGGUGCGGCGGCAGCAGUCCCGAGGCGCGCAGCUUGCUCCAGGAAGAGGUUGGGCGAGUAGGGCGUGGCGGAGCGGAGCGUACCUCGGGCGUCCACCAGCGGGUGCUGUGCGCCAUGCGCAUGCCCUUCCAGGCCGUGCUCUUUCCCGCCACUGGCGCAAAGGCCGCCGCCUCCGCAUCGCACGGCGCCCAUUCCGCGUCCAAUGCGGGCGCAUCAUUCCGAGCUUGAAUGUCUGUGAUGUCCCACGGCGCCCCCUCCGCAUCCCACGGCAUUCCAUGGCCGUUGAUCCCAGUAUUUUCCGCGCUGCCGUGAAUCAGAGUUGAUCCGCAUUCGACCGCCGAUGUCUUGGCGUGGCAGUCACCAUAGACAACCGUUCCGCCGGGACAAUCGUGGAAUUGCCGCGAUCGCUUCCGCGGUGCGGCUGGCAAACCCGCCAAGGGGCUCAUGUUGGCGGUUAAUCUCUCCGUAUACGCGCCUCUAGAGCGAUAGUCUGUGCGUGUAAUACGCGUGGUGAAGAAUGCGACGCGUCAAUAUGGCUCUCCCGCGAGCAACUUUGAAGUUGUUGAUUGCUUGAGGGAGGAAUUCGCGCUAGGAAUCUGGCGCUCGCUUUCGAAGAUUUGUGAUCCUUCCAACUGCAUGUUCUCACUUGAUUGAAGGAUUU